CAUUGUCCCAUUAUUACCCCUCCACCACAGAAGAAGUAGCCCAGUUGCUUCGUGCCUGUGACGAUGGCGGUCGUCUUGAGGGGAAGUUUAGUAACGUUGUUCAAGGGCCUGGUCGGUUCCAGGUGUCCACAGUUGGCCUCUCGUCCACUGAGUGUAUCUGCUGGUCUCUGUAGUCCAGAAACACCACCGGCCCGUGCUGAUGCUACCUUUAAAGUCACAAUGGUGCCAGGGGAUGGAGUAGGACCUGAACUAAUGACUGCUGUAAAGGAAGUUUUUAAGGCAGGUGAUGUCCCAGUAGAAUUUGAGGAAUUCCACAUGAGUGAAGUGCAGAACAUGGCCAGCGAGGAAAAACUGGAACAAGUGUUGACCUCUAUGAAGAGCAACAGAGUUGCCAUUAAAGGAAAGAUUCACACACCCAUGGAAUUCAAAGGCGAGCUGGCUUCAUAUGAGAUGAGAUUAAGGCGCAAGCUGGACCUGUUUGCUAAUGUAGUUCAUGUAAACAGCCUGCCAGGCUACAGCACUCGUCACAACAACCUGGACCUAGUCAUCAUCCGUGAGCAGACUGAGGGGGAGUACAGCUCCCUAGAGCAUGAGAGUGUAACAGGUGUGAUUGAAUGUCUGAAGAUCAUCACCAGAAAGAAGUCACGCCGCAUCGCCAAGUUUGCCUUUGACUAUGCUACCAAGAAAGGGCGAAACAAGGUCACUGCUGUUCACAAAGCUAACAUCAUGAAACUCGGUGAUGGCCUGUUUCUGCAGAGCUGUGCAGAGGUGGCACAGCUGUACCCCAAAAUCAAAUAUGAGAACAUCAUCAUUGAUAACUGUUGUAUGCAGCUGGUGCAAAACCCUUACCAGUUUGACGUGCUGGUGAUGCCUAACCUGUACGGUAACAUUAUUGACAAUCUAGCAGCAGGGUUGGUUGGAGGAGCAGGAGUUGUUCCUGGGGAAAGCUACAGUGCAGAAUAUGCUGUUUUUGAGACUGGUGCACGCCACCCAUUUGCACAAGCUGUUGGAAGGAACAUUGCAAACCCCACAGCCAUGCUGCUCAGUGCUGCUAACAUGCUCAGGCACCUCAAUCUGGAAUACCAUUCUCAAAUGGUGUCAGAUGCUGUCAAGAGGGUCAUAAAACAGGGCAAGGUACGGACACGAGACCUUGGCGGAUACUGUACCACUACCGAUUUUGUGCAUGCUGUUGUGGAAAACCUGCGUCACCGACCCAUUUACUAAGAUAUUUCAUCAUAGACCUCGCUGACUGACUCCUUUUUCCCUAAAUCUGGACGUUGUUCUUAACAUGGUCUGGAUGCAUGUUAAGACACCCUCCCCACCCACCCACCCCAAAUGCCAGCUCACUGAGAGCUGUACUAUACAUUUCUGACAUAAGUUGCAUCAUAAUGACAUUAGUUCUGCUGGCUUGCUUGUAGAUCCUCUUCCGUUAAGCUUUGACAUCUGUUGAUUUGGGAUUAAAAAGUAUACCUCAUGAUGUUUUGCAUCACACAGCUAGACCUCCUGUUUCCUGUAUUCAUGCAGUCUCCUCUGCCCUCACAAUCUUUUGUCCAUUUGCAUCUUUUUGUUUUUGGAGUUUUGAACUGAUGAGUUCAUAAAGACGAUUUCUUCGCACAUUGUGGGAAACGCAUCUUUUUUUUUUUUUUCUUUUCACUUUUAUUAUCUAAAUGUUUCUUCCUGUCCCAUCGGUCUCGCAUUUCAUUGAAAACUUGCUGUAAAGCCACCAGUCUUUUAAAAAGUUUGUAUCGCCUUUUUUCAGAAUUGGUCUAAAAACUAACUGUAACUCAGUAACAGUACAACGCUGCUACAAAUUACUGCACAUUUAAAUAAAACUGUAAUUUCAUUAUUGCAGCACUAUAAAUUCAACUAUUGGUGCUGGGAUUUCCUGUUCACUGUAACCUGGCGUAAUUAAAAACAUAAUUGGCAGCUGUUGGGGAAACUGAUAUGAAAGAUCAGUAUCUUUGUGCAUCAAAAAAAAUUAAAUGGCAGCAUUAGCUUGCAUUAGCCAUUCACAAUCAAAGUCACCAUUGUUGUAGCAUGUAGUUUAUUAAAAAGAGUUAUUUAAGCACAUAGCAGAAGAAUUUGUUACAUGAUUAUACAGAAAUCAGCCAUAACAUUAAAAACAUUAAUAUUAUUUGGAUCCUUACUGUGGUGCUGCUCCAAGCGCUGACCAUCAGGCUGUGGACAUGGGACUUGUCCUGUGGUGUCUGACUUGGAUGCUCACAAAGGUUCCUUUGAUUUGUUUUGGUGUGAUGCAGUGUAGUCAGGGAGAGGCUGCUGCUGUCAGGGAGUGUUGUCACCUUGGAAGGGUGUGCCUCUUCUGUAAAAAUGUUGGUGGGAAGCAACAAAUAAAACCUCCCAACAAAUGCUCUCACAGCACAUUGAUCAAUGUAAUUUACAUUUUAAUUGGUUUUGAUGUUUUUGCUGAUUGCUGUAUGGCAUUUCCUGGUUUAGUCUUCUUUUUUUUCCCCACCAUAAAGUCAGCACAGUUAUAACUGCUACACUAAGGUUCAAUCAUCCUGUCCAUCUCGCUUUUGGUACCAUUUUGCAUCAAUUUGAAAUGGAAGCUUGCUCACCAAAAAUAAAAAAAAUACUUUUUCAGUA